AUGCCGACCUCUAAGUAUGAUGGCACUUCUGAUCCUGAUGAUCAUGUGGCGGCCUAUGAAGGACACAUGUUCCUAUACACAAAGGUGAAUGCCAUCUGGUGUAAAGUCUUUCCGUCAACUCUAACUGGGAUAGCUCAAACAUGGUUUAAAAGUCCUAAGCCAUGUAGCAUCUCUAGUUUUUCUCAGUUGUCAUCUACAUUCAGUACACACUUUGUGAGCAAUAGGCGCCGCGAGCGUACCACCGAAGAGUUGCUGUCUGUCAAGCAAGGCAAGAAUAAAAGCCUAAGAGACUAUAUCGGCCGUUUCAAUGUCGAAGCGGUCUCAAUACCAAGACUGCAACAAGAUGUAGCUGUGUUGGCCAUGAUGACGGGACUCAAAGAAGGGUCACCAUUCCAGAACUACCUAGGCCGGAAAUCUUAA